AUGCCCGCUGCCUGGGAUUCCACCCUAGACACCGGCAGCAGCAGCCGCCCCCGGCGAGGGCCAGCGCUCCCUUCUUCUGCAGAAGCUCGCAACGGGCCUCGGUGGUUUCAUUAUGGAUGAAACUGUUGCUGAGUAUAUCCGAAGAACUGUACUAAAAAUGCCACGAGAUGAAAUCAAGACAAUGCUACAGAAAUGGGGCUUCCUGUCUGAGGCACAGCUGCAAACUCUAAAUUUCUGUCAGGUGAAGGAGAGCAUUUCUCAAGAUGUUGUUCAACUUUGUGAGGAGAAUUCUGCAGACAUAAAGCAAGCAGCUGUCCUAGACAUAAUUUACAACCACGUCUACCCAAACAAAAGAGUGUGGAGCGUUUACCAGAUGAACAAAACAGGGGAAGAAACAGAAGUUUUUGACUUAACAGAUUUCAAAAAAAAAUUUAAAAGACGACUUCGGUCAGCCUUGAAAAAUGUCACCAUCAACUUUAGAGAAUAUGAGGAUAAUGCAAUCUGGAUUAGAAUUGCCUGGGGAACGCCAUACACAAAACCAAACCAGUACAAAACCAGCUAUGUUGUGUACCAUUCACAGACUCCCUAUGUCUUCAUCUCUGCCUCAGUGCUUAGGAGCAACUUGCCUCUGCUAUGUCAGGCCCUGGUUGUUGCUUCCAAUUACUGUGACAUCUGUGAAAUGGAGCUUCGAAGUCAUUCUUUAAACUCCCUUAAAGAUAUUGUGUUCAAGAGAUAUAGCCAGAACUUCCAAACGUACUGUCCGAGACCUCUACAGGAAAGGCCUGCAGCACUAGAAAAUGCAGAUUUAAGGAUAAUUCAAGAAAACAGAAAUGAGAGAGAGAAAAUAGAGAGAGUGAAUCGCGAAGUUUUUGGUGAUGGUCCCCUACCAAAAAUUGAAUUUGCACAAUAUAAGCUUGAGACGAUGUUUAAAAGCGAUCCUAAAAUGAAUGUUUUGGAUAAAAAAGAACCAUUCAGAUGUCUGGUCAAGUUUUCUAGUCCACAUCUCUUAGAAUCGCUGAAAUCCUUGGCACCAGCUGGUAUGGCUGAUGCACCACUUUCACCGCUACUUACAUGUAUACCACAAAAAGCUAGGAAUUAUUUUAGAAUUAGAGAGAAAAAAGGUUUAUUUCCAGGAAGCUUUGUAAGCCCUUAAUUUAUAACUGAUUCAUAGAGAAAUAUACAAUGUAUUUCUUAAUGGUAUUAAUCUAAAUCAUCAUAAACUUUAAACCAUAUUUUUAAAAAAAUAACUUACUCUGAUAAUACCUUAAGGUUUUUCCCAAAUUAUGGCUGCUUUGAAUUACUUUUCCACAAUUCUUUUCAAGAGAAGAGUUAGCCCUUUCCUUAAUAAAAACCCAUUAGCUGUGAGGUUUAAAAAGAGAUCACGGUUACUUUAAAUUUAAAUGCAAUGACUCCUUUCAACUGUAUCUUCAUAAUAGUAUUUGUGAUGUUAAAGCUUAAUAAAGAUACAGUAAGACAGCCGUAGCCAUUCAGUUUACUAUCAUAGCUGUAGAUGACAAAGAUAUUCUAGGGGGCCACCUUAUCCUGUUACACUGCUGAACUGGAGCCAAAAUAUGUGCCCCAUUUUGAACACAUGAAUAGUCCCAUGAAAAUAACUGGGACUACAGAUCUGCUGGUCAGGCAUGUUUUUAUCUUAGUAGAUGAAGAUUAGAUUCAAGGACCAUUACAGGGCAUGGGGAAGAAGGGACUCUUGGAAUAUAGAUGUCAGUAAGAAGUUUCCAUCCAGCUUUAGUGGAUAUUAAUUCAGAUACAGGGUUUAAACACACCAAGGGCAACAGCCAGUGACAAAUACUUAAAAAAAAAAAAAAAGAAUCUGUCUAUUGGUAUUAAUGUCUUAUGAAAUUUUAUCUUGGAGUAAUACAAUGAAACAGGCAAUAGCUUUUGAGGAAAGUCCAUGGUUUAGAAUAUUUCAAUUAAGAUUUGAUCCUUCUGCAGUCCUUGCACAUUAGCACCUUUUUUGUGCUAGGGGACACACAAAUUGCAGAAUCAAGAUGGCAACAUUCACUAGUGCUAACCACUGCUUUGCAGUGCAGUUCUUCAGAGUUGGUAAAUUGUAAUUGGUGAUUAUAUAUAUUGCUGUGUAACUUUCUGCAUAAUCUUUAAUUUGAGAGUGAUUUCAUCUGGAGUCAGUUAUAGUGUACAAGUGUUUCUUUCCUUACUCUGUUACCGGGGAACUUUGUGCAUGUACUUUGUGUAUAUGUAAUUUCCGAUGUACUUCAGGUAUGCCAGUGUGCAGAGACAGUCUUCAUAACUUCAUGGCACAGUGUAAAUAUUUUGAGAGGUUGUUUGGGAAUGUUUUUGUUUUUCAAACUGUAAAUAAAUGUGUAAAUUAUGUCUCACAGAA